AUGGCUCCCGCAAACGCCGGCAAGCGUGUGAAAGGCGUGCAGAUCUACCGCCCUUUCAUUUACGGCACCACGGCGCGCCCCUUCAACGACGCAGAUAACCCACGGCCCCCGCACGUCCCCGUGGACCACACGCACAGCUGGACCGUCUUCGUCAAGGGCGUUGAGGACACGGAUAUCUUCUACUGGCUGCGCCGUGUGCAGUUCAAACUACACGAGUCCAUCCCGAACCACCUGCGCACGUGCGAUGCUGAGCAAAUCAUCCGGGACAACGAGGGAAAGCCGCCGAGCAAGAGGCAGAAGGGCUUCGUGGUCAGCGAGACCGGUUGGGGCGAAUUCGAGAUCACCAUCAAGCUAUAUUACGACACCAAGAGCGGGGAGAAGCCCCAGACGCUUUACCAUCACCUGAGGCUGCACCCCUACGGCCGGACCGAGGAGGAGAGGGAAGCCAUGCGAAACAAUGGCACUGGCGAGAUCUUGGCCUGGACAUACGAGGAGCAACUGUUUAAUGAACCCUUCGAGGACUUCUACAAGAUUCUGACCACGGGCGCCCACAAGAAGGGCCAGUCGUCGGCAGGCGGGAAGGGCAAGGGAAAGGGGAAACCAGCUCCCAACAAGCAAGAGGAGGGAGAUGUGAGGGAGCGCAGCGCCAUGAUACCGCUGAACAACAAGCCCGGCCAGCCCUUCUCGCGCGAGACCGAACAACUGGAGCUCAAGAGAUUGAGGGAGGCAGAAGAGAAGGUUACGGCCAUGAUCAUGGAGCUCAACAAGCAGACAAAGCAGAAGGAGACCGAGCUCGCAUCCCUCAAGGCGGCGAAUAAUCAGACUGCACCGGCAUAG